AUGUACAUGCCUACUUGCGAGGGAGAAAUGUUCACAGCGUUCGUUCUUGCUCCACAGCUCUUAAUCUCGCUGACAGAGAAUUCCAACCUGAAUCAUAUGGACGCCACCACGAUCAACCCUAUUGAGGGUCAGUGGGUUUUGAAUGAGGCGAAUGAGCUGGUCUGGGUUCCUGUUCCUACUCCAAGCUUUGAGGAACAGCUACAAGAAUCAUCUUCAGCCCAGACUCAGCACUCCCAUAGUGGACAAGGGCAUUCUUCUCUGAACGCCUACCUACCUGAAAGCGCAUUCCUUGCCCACUACGCUGAACAUUACUUUGAUAGGACAGCUGGAAGUCACACCACGACGCCAUACAACACUCAGCAGGUGAACUCGGAACUAUUCGCUUCAUCCCAUCAUAAUGAAGGUUCUUCGAUAGCUGCCCCUCAGACCUUCUAUGGCAGGGUCUCGUUCAGCUCGUAUCCGUUCCAGCCACACGGCCAGAGAUUCGGAUUGCCACCGCCCCUUAUCGAUCUGCCCAAUCAGUCCAGGCCUUUCCCUCCUAUGAACAUCGUUCUUCAUUCGUACUACGUGAGGACGGCUGCACACAAGGUCCACCCACGACCCCUCUACAACUACGUGUUUUCGAGCGAUCCAAGUUCACCAACUCGACUUACUGGACCACGCGACCGUCUCACAGGCAGGCGAGUCACUGAGGCCAAUCGAUAUGAAAGGAGCUGGCUACAUGGGCCAACCUGUUCUGUUGGAGUAUCGCCGCAUUCCGAACGCUGCGAACCAUACAAUCUCAUCUUUAGAUCUUUACUAGCAACAUGGAUGAGCGAUCUCGGUGCAUCGAUUGGAGCGUAUGCACCCAUACAGACAUGCAUUGACCAAGGGCAGCAAUCACAGAACCCUCAAGUUUACCUCCCAACAGCUUGUGACAACACCUCCAACCAUGCGUUCUUGAGCCCUCUCUACCCGCCGCCAACUUUUCAAGGGCAGGACAUGUGUCCACAGAGUCAAGAACAGUCAUCAGACCUGCUGACCACAUCGUGUCCCGUAUUCCCCGCUCAGAAUGCAACAACUUUCUACUUCGCCGAUUGCGAACAAACACAGCUGAUCCGGCCGGGCAUGCUGGUCCCACAAUCCCAUGUUUCCGGAGAUUGCGACGUGUCCUUGUAUGGUUCAGAUACCAAAAGCAGGUCUACGUCUACACAAGGAGAGCAAUUUAUACAGGGUCCAGCAGUCCUCACGGGGUCACCGUAUGAGUCAGAUACAGCCACUAACGUCAACCUUGAAGAUCUAAAGCUGAUGAGCAAGCAUGAUCAAUGUAAUGCUACAGAGCAAGAUACCGUGGGAGGGUGGAGACGAUGGGACAAGCACAGCAGGAAGUGGCUGGAUAAAAAUCAUCUGACGGGACGCGAGGCGGGAUUGCUCGAAGCGGUGCAAGCGGCCUUCAAUGAUGGCAAGAAUUUCUUCGAAUACAAAGAAGCAACAGGAUAUUGCGCAAGAUGUCCCAAGAAUUCCUCUCACUUGGUAUUGAGGGAUCGUUCUACCAAGAGAGGGUUCUUCUGUAGGCCCUGUCGCGAUAAUAGCAGGCCCAAUAGCAAGAGAAGGCGAAAGCAGCACCAAGUAAUGGUGGCGCUGACAGUCACUAGCUCAGAUGGGUCUCAUGAUGUCGAAAGUCAUCUGUCUUCAGGCAACCAGGAAGAGCCCUCAGUCCUGCCUCAAUCUGGGGGAAUUGACAAUGCUCUGUACUCGCGUCCAAUCUUGCCCACGCCAUUAGCGGCAGCUACUUCCGAUUCUCUCUCCGAGUACACAGCCCCGACCUUCUACGGACCGAGAGUUGCCUCGCAAACGCACCUACCAUCUGUCCCUGGAUACCUGGUACUCAGGUCGACAGAGCAUAUCCCGCAAAAUCUCUAUUCACUUGAAGCGCGAUUCGACACACACGGUACGAAUUGGUUUCUGGAUGCUGUAGAAGAGGUUCACAGACAGGACUUUCUGACGAUAACCUUUGAAUCAAAGUUCUCAGAAGCGGAACAAAUAGAUGCAGCGUUGAGGGAUCUGAAGUUGGUAGAUAAGCACUUUGUAACGAACAGCAUGGUACCCUUCGCUUUGCGUUUAGACGACUCCUACUUGUCGCAGCCUCAAUUCGUAAACGGCCAGUCCAGCGAGAUGACAGAGUCUUUUUAUCAUGUGCAGCAUGGUCUUUGGGAAUAUUGCGAUGACGCAAUACUCACGCUUGAUGGUUACAACGCUAACUACCGAGUCAAGGGGCAGAAUGAAAGGAACGUCACAAUUGAGAAGCUCAAUUUCUCAGACAGCUUAGUAGAGUGUAUCUUACCAUUCCACCGCGGUCCUCACUAUCCUUACUUGGAUGGGGAUGGGAACCCCUUAGGCCUACUCACAGCCGAAGAGGCAGUGCAUUUGCUCAACUUGCCACCAAGGCCCUCAGUUUUCCAGACCUACAAUGAUAGUAGCUCUUACCCGCCCAAAGGAUCGACCUUCCAUCCCUCUAUCCUGCCCAGCUAUACAAGCGGAAUUGACUCCUCGGUGGAGGGGAUCUAUACCAACAGCCCAUCAUCAGGAUACACGCUCAGUCCCUCCGCAACGGUGGAGCCGGGGCUCACAACCUUCUCGUGGACGGAGCCCUCCUCCAAGAACGACUACGGGGCGAAAGCAUCGACCGAUGCAGGAGCGGGACAUCUUGGCAACAAGAAGACCACCAGAAGGGGCGCGAAAACAAUUGCAGUCGCGAAAUAUGAUGCACCCAGCCGCCACAUAUGGAAACUAUUUUCCGGGGGACAUGACGACAAGGAAUUGUAUCGUCUGGUUACUGAGGCUUUGACUUCUACCGAAACAACAGAAGCUUUCAUGCGGGGAAACGACCCGAUCUACUAUUGUCGAUGCAGCCAACGAGAUUGCAGCCUGAUUCUUUUGAGAAGAAAGCCCAUCAAAAGCGAUGUUGUUACUCGUAGAUGCGCCCGAUGCACCAGAGACGGAAAGAACGAUCUGAUACCUUCUUCUACCACAUCCACUGCGGUUCCGCCGGAGAUGGACACUAUGUGGCCGGAAUGUGACGUCGCCCAAGGGUCUUUCAUGCCUACUCUUGUCUCCACUCAAGGCUCAGAUGCACUGUCCGGAAUCUCCGGUCAGUUUGUGGACCAUCCCCGGGACUAUGAAUUGGCCGAGAACGCACGAAGAAUCGACAAGCCACAAGUGUCAAAGAUUAUUGACAUAUUGGUCAAGAUGGGUGUUUUCGAGGUGGGGCAAGCUGACGAGAAACACUCUGAGCUCGUUGGCUUGAUUUCGGAAGGUCUUUGCAAGGGGAAUACACGAGUCGCCUUUGCAGGGACUUCGGUGAAGUACAAUGUCUGCGGGGCAAUGGGGACGUACUUAAACGAGGAUGAGCCCUGCCGGAAUGUUCUAGUCUACCUCGAUGGUCCCCUGGCUUGCCACCCCUGUAUGAAAAGGAAAGAUGCAAGAGAACGGCGGAAACGUAAUGCAAGAGCGAAGGCCAAAGCUGUGACGUUGCCACAUUCCUGA